AUGUCGGUGCUGGAGGUUGCUUUUGAGAAAGGCAUAGCAGACCCACCAGAGGGUUCAGUGGUGGACUCGUGUCUGUCGAAGUCAAGGAUCCCAGACCAAGUAGAGAUUGUCAAAUCAAUUGUUGAAAACGUACUGGAGAAGCUGGAGAUAAAGCAAAAAGAAGUGCAUCGACAUUUAGUUAGACUUGAUGAUCAGGUGGAACAGUUGACAUGGUUAUCAGCUAUGGACCAACGGGAUGUACGGCUUAUUGCAAAUUGCGGAAUGGGUGAAAUUGGUAAAAUAACUAUGGCCAAGGUCAUUUUUAAUCAAUUGUCUUCCCACUUUGGAAGGUGUUGUAGCUUCCUUGAGGAUGUUCGAGUAGGCUCAUCAACCGAGGAGGGCAAAGUCCGGCUGCAAAAGAAACUACUAUAUGACAUUGUUGGUUCAAGAUUGGCAGAACAAGUCAAGGAUAGUGAACAAGGGAAGAAGAGGAUUAGAGAAGUACUCCACAUUAAGGAGGUCCUUCUGGUUUUGGAUGAUGUUGCUAAAGAACAGCAUAUUGAGCAUCUAAUAGGAAAUUAUUCAUUAUGUUCAGGAUCUCGCAUAAUCAUUACAACAAUAGACAAAACAAUUCCAUUAGAUGAGGGAUUUAAUGGUAAAAUUCGACAGUACGAGAUGCUAGACAUGGAUGCUCGUCACGCACUUCAACUUUUUUGUCGACAUGCCUUUGGUACAAACUCUCCAUCAAAUGAUUAUUGUUGGCUUUCAAAUGAUAUUGUCUCAAGUGUGGGAGGGCUUCAUUUGGCAAUUGAAGUGAUAGGUUCAUCACUUAAAAGGAAAAACAAAGCAGUUUGGAAAGAGAUGUUGGACAAUUCAAAGAAUGUACCUGAAGAAGAGAUUCUUAAUAAAUUGAAAAUUAGCUAUGAUGGCUUAGACAAUAAUUAG